AUGGACCCCGUCCCGUUCAAGGACCGGACCUGGGCCUGGUACGACGUGGGCGGGUUCUGGAUCUCAGAGGGAUUCCAGAUUCCCAUCCUGCAGAUGGCUGGCUCACUCAUUGCGAACGGGCUUAGUCCGGGAAUGGCCAUGGGAGCUGUCGUGGUGGGCAACGUCCUGGUCAUGGUCCCCUGUGCCCUAAACGGUUACGCUGGAGCAGCAACUGGGGUCAACUUUCCCGUCAUCAGUCGCGCCAGUUGGGGACUACACGGGGCAAAACUCGCCGUUGCGAUCCGAGCCAUAGUUGCUGUGUUUUGGUACGGGAUACAGAUAUCCACCGGAGGAAGUUGCGUCUACCGAAUGCUCGCAGCCAUCUGGCCCUCGCUCCCCCGGCGCAUCCCCAACCACCUCCCCGCAUCAUCCAACACCACCUCCGCCGACCUCCUCUGCUUCUUCAUCUUCUGGCUCCUCACUCUCCCCUUCCUCGCAAUCCCCGUCUCCCGCCUCCGCUGGCUCUUCCGCGCAAAGCUCCUCCUCAUGCCCAUCACCGGCCUCGUCCUCUUCAUCUGGGCCCUCGUCCGCGCCCACGGCUUCGGACCCAUCUUCAACCAGCCCUCAACUCCAAAACAAGGCUACAGCACCGCCUUCCUCUUCUUCUCCGCGAUAACAUCCACCCUAGGCCCACAGGCCACCUUUGCCCUGAAUAUGGGCGACUUCUGCCGAUACUCCAAGAACCCACGAUACACGCUCUACGCCCAAGCGCUCAUGAUGCCGCUAUGCCUAACCUUAACCGCCUUCCUCGGCGUCGUCCUGGCCUCCUCCUCAACAACCAUCUUCGCGCUACAAGAACCAGAAUGGGACCCGCUCUCCCUACUCGGCCACUUCUCCUCGCGCGCCGCGCAGUUUUUCGUUGCACUCCUCUUCGCCUUCGCAACCCUCUGCACAAACAUCGCAGGCAACUCGGUCGCCUUUGGCAACGACCUCGCCUCCCUCUUCCCGCGCCACAUCAACAUCCGCCGCGGGCAGUUCCUAUGCGCGAUUCUCGGCGUCGCAGUCACCCCGUGGAACAUCCUCAACUCCGCGACGAACCUGCUCAACUUUCUAAACGGGUACGCUGUCUUUCUCGGCCCGCUGUGCGGGAUUCUUUUUGCGGAUUACUGGAUUCUGCGCCGCAGGCGGAUCCGUCUUGGGCAGUUGUAUCAGCCGCGUGGAGUGUAUUGGUAUACCCGUGGCUGGAACCUGCGCGCAGUAGGUUCGUUUUUCCUUGCGCUUGUGCCGAAUCUGCCGGGGCUCGCGAAGUCGGUUACGCCUGGGAUCACGGGGGUGCCGAGGGGAUUUGAGGAUGUUUAUACGAUGAGUUGGGUUGUGGGGUUGGUGAUCGCCGGGGCUUUGUAUCUGGGGAGCAGUUACUUGUUUCCUGGUCCUGAGAAUGCUAGCGCUGGUGAGGAGGAGACUGAUCUCGCGAGGGAGUGGUUGUAUUCGUCCGGAGAUGGCGUUGAGGAGGAGCGGAUUCAGGCCAAGUCGGAGGGGGUGGAGUAUAUCUAGAGUGGCUGAUUCGUUGUGGGUGAAGCUGUUGAUCAAGAUAUUAAGACUUCGCAGGCCAUCUUUCUCUGGGAGCUAUUAAUCCUGUGUAUUUCUACUGAAUGCUCACUGCAGUGUAAAGCUAGGCACACAGUCCGCUCAGAUCAUCAUCGAAAUCCAGCUCUGUUUGCAAG